AUGGAAAAUGAUACUCUUCUUUAUUUCUCCAUGUUGAACCUCGGCCACUUUCGAUAUCUUUACUUCAUUUUAAGUUCUCUCCUAUACUGUGCUAUCUUAUUCUUCAAUGUCACUAUUAUUCUUGCAAUAUUUAUAGAAACUGCUUUGCACCAGCCUAUGUACAUUUUGAUAGCAUGCUUGUCAAUUAAUUCUCUUUAUGGCACUACUGGCUUCUUUCCAAGAUUACUAACUGAUUUAUUAUUAUAUCCUCACUCAAUCACUCGGGCUGGUUGCCAUGUACAAACAUUUGUCCUUGCUACCUAUAUAUCAUGUGAAUUUACAAUCUUAACAUUAAUGGCAUAUGACAGAUUUGUUGCUAUAAGUAAGCCAUUGCAAUACCACAGCAUUAUGACACCUAAGGUGCUUAUAGUUAUGAUAGCUAUUUCUGGAAUUUAUCCAAUGAUUUCUGUUGGUCUUGGGAUAAUUUUCACUGCGAGACUAAGAUUGUGUGGUAAUGAGUUAAGAAAAUUGUAUUGCAACAACUGGGUCAUUGCAAAUCUCUCUUGUGAACAUGCUACUUUUCAGUACUUUUAUGGUUUUGCUCUUUUAUUAACAACAGUUUUGAUUCCAUUUAAUUUCAUUUUGUAUUCUUAUAUUAAAAUUCUUAUGAUUUGUCAGAAAUCUUCAAAAGAGUUAAAGAGCAAAGCUUAUCAUACUUGCCUUCCUCAUAUAGUGACUUUUGUUAAUUACUCACUUGCCAUCUUCUGUGAAACGACCUUGACCCGUAUAGAAAAUUUACCUCCAGUAAUAGCGGUCAUUCUGUCAUUAGAGUUUCUGAUUAUACCCCCUCUCUUAAAUCCUGUUGUUUAUGGUCUUAACUUUCCUGAAAUUCGAAGGAAAAUUCAACAUCAUCUAAAAAUAUCAAAAAAAUGUGCUUCUCCUCAUUGUUCAGGCUGA